AUGGGAAAGAUUACAUGUACUCUUCUUGUACAUAUUUUAAAUCUUCCUUUCUAUUUUCCUCAAUUCGACAUUAAAUUGUUAUCAGAGUUGGUUUUGGAAAAUUUCAUUAAUCCUGAUUUUGAUAAGGAUUUUGUGAUGAGACUUGUAUUUGAUUCAUACUUUAAAUCAUCAGAGGAAAUAAUGGAACAAGCUGAUUCUAGUAUAUUGAAAAUUGUAACAAGUAUUGUUGAAAAUUGUAAAACUUCUCAAAUCAAAUUAGAAUAUUUAGCCUUGUGUAUUGAGGCCAGAUUUACAGCUGAAACAAUUUUCUCUCCUAUUUCAAGAAGAAGAUUAGAAACACUCAUUGAAACAAUUUUCGAUGCAAUAUCGGAGGAAAACUUAGUGUACUCAUCAUUGAUCGAAACUGUUCAAACAUUGAAAAAGCAGUUAUUGUGGAGGUCUGUAACAAUUUUCAUUCAAAAUAACAAUCAAGCUCAAAUCCAACCUCCAUUGAAAAAGAGAAAGCAUGCAAAACAACAUUUUCCCGAUCUUAACACUUGUAAAUCAUUUCUCAAAUUCCUUAUAGCUUUAAUAAGCAAUAGAUGUGAUCUUGAAAGUAUUUUGAAUGACUGUCUAUCUCUCCUCAUUAGACACACCAAACAACAAGAAAAACACCAAUCGUCUGACAACCCCUGUGAGGCAAGGAUGGAUAUUCUUUUUUUAAUUCUCGAUCUCUUAAGAGAUCAAUUGAACAGAAAUGAGUCCAUUAGAUCUAAGAGAUAUGAUACUUAUGUUAGAUUGGCACUUGAGAAUUAA